AUGCCUCUAAGAGUCACAGAGUUAACUUAUGUAGUAGUUUUAGGCUCUAAAUUAAGUGAAAAUGUUCACCCACGAGAGGGUCGUCGGCCAAAUUUCAUCAAAAAUUACAAGGUCUCUGGUUAUAUAUCGGAAGAGAAGGAAGCCAUUGCUCAGAAUUACCUCAUACCUCAAGCUCGUUCUUCCUCUGGUUUGGAGGAUGGGCAGGUCCUCAUAGAAACUGAUGCUCUCCAGUCCCUCAUCAAGUGGUACUGUAGGGAGAGUGGAGUGAGGAACCUACAGAAACACAUUGAGAAGAUAUUACGUAAAGCAGCUUUUAAAGUCGUAUCACAGACACAAAUUAAUGAUGAUGAAGCUGAAGAAGAUGAAAAGAAACAAGAAACAAAAGAAGAGAAAUCUUCUCCCCCUCCUGUCACUGAUCCUGUCACAGUCUCUUCCUCUAAUUUAAAAGAUUUCGUCGGUCAUCCUCCUUUUGUUUCCGAUCGUCUCUAUGAGACCACACCCCCGGGAGUGGUCAUGGGUCUUGCUUGGACAUCAAUGGGCGGUACUACUCUUUAUGUGGAGACAGGCGUGGCUGAGGGGCGGGGCCUGGCAAAGGAGGAGAGAGGAGAGGGUGGUAUGACUACCACUGGACAGUUAGGAGAUGUAAUGAAGGAGUCUACUGUUAUUGCUUAUACUUUUGCUAAGUCAUUUUUGUCUUCAAAAGAUCCUACAAAUGAUUUCCUUGAUAAAGCAAAAAUUCAUCUCCAUGUUCCUGAGGGUGCUACCCCAAAGGAUGGUCCCUCAGCAGGUGUCACUAUAGUCUCUGCCCUCCUCUCACUGGCUAUGGAUCGUCCAAUACGUCAGAAUGUUGCCAUGACUGGGGAACUGUCUCUCACUGGAAAAGUAUUGCCAGUUGGUGGUAUCAAAGAAAAGACGAUUGCUGCUAAGCGAUCAGACAUUAGCUGUAUCAUCCUCCCUGAGGCCAAUAAAAGAGAUUAUGAGGAUCUGCCUGAUUACAUUAGAGAAGGAUUGGAGGUCCAUUUUGUUGGUCAUUAUUCAGAAUUAUUCAGCAUAAUAUUCACUUCGUGAAACAAAGCAAUUCCUUUAUAGUGAAUGAUAAUAAUAAUUAUUGAACUAUUGUGUUACUGUAAUCAUUGUAUUAUAAUUUGAAACUACUUCAUCAUCUUUUGGUAGUAACAUUUCAGAUGUAAAGUCA